UUAGGGCCGCCAGGACGGGGAACUAUGGAGGCGUAUGUGUGCUCCCUCAGCCGUGGUCCACAGAGCUAGUGUGAUUGUGUAAAUUGGAAGUAACAUAACGCUCACCGGAGCUUCAGUUGUCUAUCCGACGUGAUUGUUCUUGCAAACUGGUUUUGACGCCGAGGCAUAUAUGCCACGUUCUCUCUGCAGAGAUCACCGAAAAAUGCCGCUGAAGUUCGUUCGCGCUCUGUUCUCUGUUCUCUACGCUCUCAAUAUUGUGGGUGCACUGGAGUUGUCUUUGGAUGGAACGUGGACCGCACAUAACAGCGGGAACAACCAUCACAAUAUAUCAUCCCAAGUUCCUGGUGGCAUAUACACGGACCUUCAUCGGAAUCACAUCAUAGGAGAACCAUACAAUGGCUUCAACGACAUUGAGUACCGUUGGGUCGGCGAUGAGAACUGGACUUUCUCUAGAGAAUUUGACGUCCCUGCUAAGAUGCUGCUAAAAUCCAGGAUGGUCCUUGUAGCCCAUGGCAUCGACACAGCUUGUAAUGUCUCCGUCAACGACAACUUUUUGGGAAGCACAGUCAAUAUGUUUGUUCGAUACGUGUUCGAGCUCAAAGGCAUAAUCAGGGAAACGGGGAAUCGGAUACAAGUAGCAUGUGAGUCACCCGUUGCUUACGCCUUGCGCCAGUACGAGAUACAGGCGAAGGAAUAUCCGGUCUACCCAACAUGUCCACCCAGCAGUCAGAAAGGAAAUUGCCACAUCAACCACAUUAGGAAAAUGCAGUGUUCUUUCAGUUGGGAUUGGGGACCAUCGUUUCCCUCCCAAGGAAUUUGGAAACACAUUGCAAUUGAAGCCUACAGUGGUGCCAUCAUUCGUGACGUCUCCGUCGUAACGAUACCGCAACCAGAAGACACGUCACAGUGGACUCUUAAUGUGACAGCUUUUGUGGAGACAGCGACCACCGAGCGAGCCUCACCGUUUUUGGGUCAUGUUCGAUUACUAUUGGACGACACACCCUUGGGAAGCAGCGCCGUGACCAUUCAACCAGAUGAACUCGGAGCAGCAUCCAUAAACGUUUCUUACACAGUGCCUCAAAGUAUGGAUAUAAAAAGAUGGUGGCCGAACGGAUAUGGAGAACAGAACCUGUAUACGCUAAAGGUCAUCGUAGCAACGAGAGGAGAAGAAUUCACAAAGGCGCUCAAAAUAGGCUUCCGAACGGUAGAGCUCAUGCAGACUCCAGUCAAGAAUGGCACCGGUGGCCUUCAGUUCUAUUUCAAAAUAAAUGAUGUUCCCAUCUACGCGAAAGGUAGUAACUGGAUUCCGGCUGACGUAUUCCCUGAACGUGUAACUGAAGAAUAUGUGACGAACCUAUUGCAGUCUGUUCAGUUGGCUAACAUGAACAUGCUGCGUGUUUGGGGAGGAGGAAUUUAUGAGUCGGACUUCUUCUACCAAACUGCGGACGAACUUGGGAUUCUGAUAUGGCAAGACUUCAUGUUUGCUGUGGCUCUAUAUCCAACCAAACCCGGCUUUCUGGAGACUGUCAAAACGGAAGUUCGUCAACAGGUGCGGAGGCUGCAGCACCACCCAUCAGUGUUCCUCUGGGCUGGAAACAAUGAAAAUGAAGUAGCCGUUGCGGGUUCUUGGUGGAAUAUCGGUGAAGACCAAGAGAAGAUGCGUCGGUUGAAAGCUGACUACAUUGGCACACUGAAUCGAUGGGAAACCAAUGUAACGCUAAUGAAGCGCCAUCGUUCACUGAGCUAUUCCAGAAGGUCCGGAUCGGCCACGUACAGAAGAGACUACGUUCGUUUGUACAUCGAGACAAUUAUGCCUAUUGUCCUGGAGGAAGAUCGAACACGUCCUUACCUCCCUUCGAGCCCAUCAAAUGGAAAACAAACCGAGGAAGAUAAUUGGAUUGCGAAAGAUCCUAAUGACUACAAAUACGGAGAUGUUCACUACUACAACUACGACGACAACCCGUGGGAUUCAAACACAUAUCCCAAGGCCCGCUUAGUCUCUGAAUUUGGAAUCCAGUCUUUCCCAUCGCGGGAUACCUUUCUCACGGCUGCAGCAGAAUCCUUCCUGGAGUUCCCGUUCACAAAGUUUAUUGGCUUCCGCCAGCAUAUAAUUCUAGGUAAUGGGAACAUUAUGAAUUUCGUCACGAAGCUAUUUAACCUGCCACUGACAGGGGACAAAGCAAAAGACUUCGACACCGUAGUGUAUUUGUCCCAGGUCAUGCAAGCACAAGGCAUCAAAACCGGAGUGGAGUAUUUCCGACAUCUACGUAGUAUCUUAUAUGGUGAUCAAGGUUACAACAUGGGUGCGCUGUUCUGGCAACUCAACUCAAUCUGGCAAGCACCGUCAUGGGCUUCUAUUGAAUACGGAGGCAAAUGGAAGAUGCUCCAUUAUUUCGCUCGCCUGUUCUUCAGUCCGCUGAUUGUGGUACCAUUUAUCACCUCCUCGACUAAGGAACUGCAGGCUUACGUCGUUAAUGAUCUUCGCGAAGAUUUUCCAAAUGCUGUGCUUCACAUUGAUUCAUACUCCUGGGGGAACUUUACUCCCGUCCACAGGUUCAACGUUGUUUUGGAUGUGCCUCGGGAAAGCUCAGUCCGAGCGUACGAAUCAGGGUUACCUGACUUUAUGAACAUGACGUCCUGUACCUCUGCGACGUGCUUCGUCUGGUUUACACUCACAGACAAAAUGGAACGACCUCUCGGACCUGCAAAUUAUCUUCUUCCCGAGGAUCCCAAGGAUAUCCAAGGAUUCAGGAAUGCCACACUUACAAUAACCAACGUAAGCGGCCCGUUCGCCUGGAGUAACGGCUUGAACAGCUUCAGUUUAACCCUAGCCACAAAUUAUAUUGCCUUGUUUGUCUGGCUGGAUGCGCACAGCGUCACUGGCUACUUCUCGGACAACGGAUUCGUGAUGUUGGAACCAACAAUGGGCCUGCACUUCUUUACACAAGAACGUAUCACGUCGGACUACCUCAGGGCUGUGAUAACGGCAGUCUCCCUUCCUGACACUGCCACAGCCAGCGCAUCACACGGAGAGCGCGGGAAGCAAUGAUAUUGUUAUAGUGCUCUGUGGAAAUGCUGUUGUGUUGGCAUCAUCAGACUGAAAUUGAACAGAUAUAAUUUUUUCACCCAUGUGUCUAUAAAUAUAUUCAUGGUGUAACAAA